AUGAGUGACUUAUUUUUGGACUUCUUCCGGAGCUCCCUCCCUGAGGAACUCGCCGCAGUUUUGGAAGAUACUAUCAAAUCCGUCCAGAACGGCGAUUUUCUGGCUGUACUUGAACUACCGGAGGCACAGAUUCUGCUAGGUCAUCAACAAGACGAGGCGACAAAAAAUGUGAACCCAGAGAAUUUCUCGCUGUGGAGCGACUACAUCUUCCAUCGACUGGGCCUGAUAUUAUCAAAACGAAAUGAAGAGCAAGGAACCCCAAUCAAGGCCACAGCGGCCUACCGCCAACACCUCCUUUUUCUCGUCGCGAUUGCAGCUCUUCAUGCAUUCCUACAGUCGAAUGUCACAGGACCUCCGUUACCCUUCAAAUCUGCGGAAGUUGUGCUUCCAAAGAAUAUUUCUGGAGAUGCAACAGCGCUUAGCAAGACGAGGGCAGACCUUAUCACAUCACUAAGCGCUGAUGCUAUUGCGGCUUACAAGCUGACGCCAAAUAUCGAACUUGUCUGUCUCGCUGAGACGAUCUUGAUAUGUCCCCCAAUACAAAAGAACAUCGAGGUCUCCUCAUGGGCACGAUUAAGAGUCAACUUUAUGCACCAAAGAUUGCUGAGCGAACCAGCGCCUAGCAUUCAAAGUGCAAUUUAUGAAGACUUGAAGACUGUGGAGAGCCUGAUAGCUAGCUCAAGAACAGAAGAAAAGGAGCUAAAAGACCUGCAUACGACCUUUUUGCUAGAACGUGCGGCUAUACACACCCACCAUGGCUUCGACAAGAAGGCGAGAGCGGAUCUGGAACAAGCAACGGUAGAGCGCGAGUUUCAAUUCGCAUUGACUGGUUUGAUGGGAAAGAGAACAAAGUUCCAACAGAAAGACACAAGCCAGUUGCUUGUUUUGGCGCGGAGUGCGGGUACAAGUUCAGAGACGAACGAGACAACGGCAACUGCGUCUAAACCAGAAGCACUGGAUCUGAAUGACGACACGCUGCUGGAAUCAAUCGCCUUCACUGAAAAGCCUGCAAUUACAGAAAUUCAGGACGAGUCUGUUCUGCCGUCCUCCCUUACUUCUUUGGAUCCAUCAAACCAGCCAUUACUCGAUCCCCUUGAUUCCAUCGUCUUACUUUCCAUGGCAGAGAGCAUCAAAAAUACAAACCCAGCUGAUGGUUUGACAAGAGAAGAAACUAUUCCAUAUGCAACACGGGUUUUAGAAGGAGGAAGCUCCAACUGGCAGGUCUACACACAGGCUCUUCUCGUCAGGAGUCGUAUCGAAGGCUACCGCUCACGGACAAUGGAACGCGGUCUACUUCAAUUACAAGCACUCGUAGAUCAAGUCAUUGCCGAAACAUCAGGUGAUACCACCACCGACGCCGAGACGGGCGAGAAGGUCACAUCUUUCUUGCCACAGGCGAAAGAAGGCGAGGCAGCACCUGUGCAAGAACGUCUACGCUACAUCUUUCCACUUUGCUCACCUUCGAGAUGGGAGCUGGAGGCCGAGCUUGCGGCUCGCUGGGUGAAUGUUGGCGGUCUACGGUCUGCACUAGACAUUUACGAGAGGCUAGAAAUGUGGGCCGAGGCCGCCUUGUGCUAUGCAGCUACAGAGAAGGAAGACCGCGCGCGCAAGAUGAUCAGGAAACAGCUCUUCCAUGCCACCGGCGGGGACGACGAGAAUGUGGAUCCUGAUGCUGAGGCAUGGGAGGGGCCGGCACGAGACCCCCCACCUGCGGAAGCACCUCGAUUCUACUGCAUUCUGGGUGACAUCAACGACGAUCUCUCCAUGUACGAGAAGGCCUGGGAGGUUUCUGGUGCUCGGUAUGCUCGUGCACAGCGUUCACUUGGCCAGCGGUACAUUUCAAAACACGAAUAUGCAAAGGCCGCCGAAGCAUAUUCGCUUUCUCUUAAAAUCAACGGAUUAUAUCAACCCGCUUGGUUUGCCCUUGGCUGCGCUUACCUUGAGCUUCAACAAUUCAAGAAUGCCGUAGAGGCCUUCUCUCGCUGCGUGCAACUCGAUGAUCAAGAUGCAGAGUCAUGGAGUAAUCUCGCCGCAUCCCUUCUUCAUUUGAAGCCAAAAGUGAAGACUGAAGCAGAGGAUGGAGAAGAGGCAGUCACCAGAGUGACCAACCAUCCUCGUACUGAUGCGCUCAAGGCAUUCAAGCGCGCGGCUACUCUCAAACACGACGACUAUCGUAUCUGGUCCAACGUCCUCGCUGUCGCAGCUUCUACAAACCCGCCAUCCUGGAGCGAUGUCGUCACAUCGCAACGGCGCAUCUGCGAGUUGCGCGGCCCAACCGACGGGGAGAAGUGCAUUGAUGCUGAGAUCCUUGACAUGCUUGUUAAAGAUGCUGUCCGAUCAGACCAAGGUUUCGAUAUCACCCGGCCGGGUCUACCACGUCUUAUCAAUGAGUUGAUUGAGAAGCACAUAAAGCCCCUCAUUACAGUGUCGCCUAAGCUAUGGUCUAUCUUAGCAACCAUGUACACGCACACUCAGCGCCCCGGCUCGGCUUUGGAGUGCCAUGAAAAGGCUUGGAGAGCCGUGACUUCGCAGCCCAAGUGGGAGUCUGGCACUGAAGCUGAAUGGAAUGCGGUUGUGAACCAGACAAUCGACCUCGUGGACGCAUAUGAAACGUUGGGCCCAAGAGAGAGAACCGAGGGAUUGGCGGCAGAUAGUGGCGAGCUGGUUGCAAAGGACUGGAAAUUCAAGGCGAGAAGCGCAAUCAGGAGCGUCCAUGGCAAAGCAAAGGAGAAUUGGGAGGACAGCGCUGGGUGGGAUAGGCUGAAGGAUAGGCUAGACGAGCUCAAGGGUAAAGAGUAG